AUGAGCCUUCAUGAUUCCUUCCCCGCCUACGGCGGGCGUGGCCCCAGCGAUUUCCGUCUCGGAAUUGCCCUCGGCGCCAUCGCGACACUCUUUAUCUUCCUGCGUGUUUAUGUCCGGCUUCGAAUCAACAAGUUCGGUACUACGGCCCUCAUGUGGGCGCUCCUCGCCUGGGGAUUGACCGCCAUGACCCAGAUCUUUGGCAUCCUUUCUGUGUUGCACGGUCUGGGGAACCAUAUGACUGUCGUGGCGGAGACCGGCCAGCUGCAUAACUUCCUUCUUUUUACUUGGAUCACGGUCUUCUUCUUUAACCUCGCUAUUCCCACGGGGAAGGUGGCGGUGGCGGCAUUUUUGAUGGAGAUGAAUCAACAGACCAACCCCAAGAUCCGCAAGAGCCUGAUCAUCCUCGCUGCGGUGAACAUCAUUGUCAAUAUCCCUCAAAUCCUCCUCAUUUGGUUCCAAUGCAGCCCCGUCGACGCACUCUGGGAUCCGCUCCGCCAGGCGCAGUGCGACCACCGGAAGAGCGUCUACUACACAUACUUCGCUGGCGCCGUGGCCGCCUUCUCGGACUUUUACCUGGCCAUCAUCCCAAUCCACAUGCUACUGCCGCUGCGGAUCGACCGCAAGCUGAAAUGGGGCCUAAGUUUCCUCAUGGGAUGUGGUGUCUUCGCUGGCGUGGCUGCCAUCGUUCGGACGUGGGCUGCCAAGUUCAUCUUGAGCGAUGACUCGUCCUACGGCGUCGGCAUCCUCUUCCGCUGGGGCGAAGUCGAAGAAUGGGUCGUCCUCAUCUCCAUGUCCAUCCCACCCGUCUGGCCUCUCUUCCGACCCUUCACGCAACGCUUCAUCAAAACCGCCACCUCCCGAAGCCGAAGCCACCCGCAACUCUACUACAACAACUACAAGCAGUACGCCUCCACCACGGACCCGUGCUCCCCGGGCUUCCCUUCGCCUGGAUUUCCCAGUUCGCCAGGCCUCGCCCCGCCCAUGGUCACGACGACGAUUUCCAUUUCCUCUAUGACCAAGGAACAGACUACCUCUAUUCCGUCACGAUCGAUUUCGAGGAUAUCCCAUUCUCAGACGGAUUGUAGUGAUGAGGGAGAUCUGUUGAGCGAGCGUGAGCAUGACCAUCGCAUUCCAUCUCCGGUGCCUGCGCAUAACAGCGCGAAGGACGGGUGGAUGGAACUGCAGGGGGUGAAGAGCUCUCAUGAGGAGGUUUGA